AUAGGUAUUUGAGCGGUUUUACGAAUAUGAUCGCUCUACCUGCUUUAAUAUACAUCAUGCAUGGCUACCUCUUAUAGUUAACGAUCUUCUAAAUAUUUUUUUUCUGUAUAAGUUAUCCAUGCCAUCCGAAGUUAUUUAGUUUGGGAGUGCAUCCACUGCUUGAUACAGUACCUCCUCUGAAUCUUAGGCAUUGUUAUUAAAAUUAAAAUCGCGUAGCCGAAUUCAUUCGUUCUAAGUUUGCAAAUCCGCAAAUCGUGCCUUUCCGCUUGCUUAUUCGUGAAAACGAGCAAAUUGAUCCAUCAUAACCACCUAGCAUGAUUAAUCUCUUACAAAUCCUCAACCCCGUCCUAGUCCGAGCCAAUUUGCUUGCAGGUCACAAAGCAGCAAUGUACCUCGUAUUGUACUGUUCGCUUCUGUUGCUAUCGGUAGCAAUAGAAGUCAUCGCAGGCAUAAAGGCCCAACCUGUGAACUAUACUUUUUGUUCAUGCCCGUGUGAGAAACUUGUGCCGGUAGAGGUAGCUCCUUUCUUCACUACGGGCGCAAAUUGUGUGUACAUAAAAAGUGUCUAUAGCAAAGGGGCCCUCUUCACAGCGGAUGUACUGGACAGGGGAAAUCGUUUCGUGUAUCACGAUGUUGCACAUGCGACGAUUGCGAAGCCCAGCCACCCGCAUACGGCAUUUUGGAAGAUCUACUAUCCGUGGAAAAACGUUAGUGACAGUGCUGACGUUCCGCUGGUGAUUCAGAACAUUUUGUCGUCGGAGUAUAUGGUUGUAACGAACGAGGUGGUAAAAUGGACUGACCGCGAGGUGGUUACCCUGCCAGCCCUGACACCGUGGUCGCUGUGGUACUUUACCCGCCAGUCACAGCAUUAUAAAAUUCGGAAUCACCUUACGGAAGAGUUUGUUUUCUCGGACGAGCAGUUUAAGAACGGCUGGAACGAGGGUAAAAUCUUCACCGAUACCAUCAAGCGUAGCUCUUCAGAUGACUUUCCGGGGAAGUAUGCGUUUAACAUUAUACCGUGUUAUGAUUAG